ACGCCCUCUAUUGAAAGCGUAAAUAUGUGGCAGCAGCGGGACGCGCUGCGGUAAAACUCGUUUACAUCUCUGGAAUUUAGCUGCAAUCUGCUUGAAUUUAAGAUCCACGCUAUGCCAAACUGGGGAGGCGGUAACAAGUGCGCAGCGUGCCUUGGUACAGUUUAUCAUGCUGAGGAAGUGCAAUGCGAUGGGAAGUGUUUCCAUAAAUGCUGCUUCCUCUGCAUGGUCUGCAGGAAAGGCUUAGACAGCACCACAGUGGCCAUUCACAACCAGGACAUCUACUGCAAGUCCUGCUACGGCAAGAAGUACGGACCUAAAGGCUACGGCUACGGCCUGGGAGCAGGAACCCUCAACAUGGACCGAGGGGAGCGGCUGGGAAUCAAACCUGAACAGACACAGUCUCACAGACCCACCACUAACCCCAACCCGUCAAAAUUUGCUCAGAAGUUUGGCGGCUCAGAGAAAUGCCCCCGCUGUGGCGACUCUGUGUACGCAGCUGAGAAGAUCAUGGGCGCUGGAAAGCCGUGGCAUAAGAACUGUUUUCGCUGUGCAAAAUGUGGCAAGAGUCUGGAGUCAACCACUCAGACGGAGAAAGACGGUGAAAUCUACUGCAAAGCGUGUUACGCCAAGAACUUUGGGCCCAAAGGUUUUGGUUACGGCCAAGGAGCUGGAGCUCUAGUCCAUGCUCAGUGACCAUCUGGAUCCAUCGUACGGCUCAGUCCCACGUGCAUGUUUUUCCUCUAGGUGAAGUGACUUUGUGUUGUCAGUGCUUUUUAAUAAUGAUAAAUAAAAACUAAUCAGCAAAACAGAA